AGACCAUAGAAACGUGAAUCCAACAAGACUUAGUUUCUCUCCUUGAAUCUAGGGUUCCUCUUUCUUCUUCCCUUGAUUCCAAUUUCUCUGUCGUCUUUCUUUCUCUCUGUUUCAUCGGAUCCCGUUGAGUUUCGUUGAAAUCUCGCAUCUUUCAAGCUGACGAUCAGUCAUCUUUCGCAAAAUGACGAUCCCUAAUUCCACAGAUUUCAUGGUGGACAACGCAGACUUUACUCCAGAGGAAGAGAGACGUAUCGUUUCGGAGCUGACCACAGAAUCGGAGGAUAAUCUCAAGGAAGGAAACUUGUAUUUCGUCAUCUCCAAAAGGUGGUACACAAGCUGGCAGAAGUAUGUUGAGCAACCAACGAACGAGUGUUCAAGUGUAGAGUCUUCUGAAGCUCCAAGACCUGGACCAAUUGAAAACGAUGAUAUUAUCGAAAGCGCAGAUGACACUAGUGAUCCACAACUUCGUAGAUUGAUGGUUGAAGGGGAAGACUACUCUCUAGUUCCUCAACAAGUUUGGGAAAGACUUGUUGAAUGGUAUAGCGGAGGGCCUCCAAUACCAAGGAAGUUGAUCUGUCAAGGGUUUUACAGUAGGAGUUAUAGUGUAGAGGUUUACCCUCUCUGUCUUAUGUUGACAGAUGGAAGAGAUAAAAGUAUAACUGCAAUACGGUUGGGAAAACAGGCCUCUAUAAGGGAGCUUUAUGAGAAGGUUUGUGCUAUGAAAGGGGUCUCGCAAGAAAAGGCUCACAUCUGGGAUUACUUCGGGAAGAGGAAAGGCAAACUCUUGGAUCCUUCAUCUAACAAGAGCCUGGAAGAGUCAAGCCUUAACAUGGACCAAGAUAUUCUUCUUGAAGUUGAUGGGUCCUCAUCUUCUAAAUAUGCUGUGAGCUCGGCAGGAAAUGAGCUAGCUCUGGUACCCCUGGAACCUUCAAGAUCUCUUGUUACAAUUGCUGGAGGCCCAACCCUUUCUAAUGGUCAUUCCCCCACGUCAAAGUUUACUCUCUUUCCAAAAAUUUCUUCUGAAGAUGAUUCUUUAAGUAUUCUUGGAAAGGGAGAGAGGGGAGGAUUAGCAGGGUUGAGUAAUUUGGGAAACACCUGCUUUAUGAAUAGCGCUCUUCAGUGUUUGGCACACACAGCUCCGAUAGUUGAAUACUUCUUGCAAGAUUACAAGGACGACUUGAAUAAAGAUAAUCCUUUGGGAAUGCGUGGUGAGCUUGCUAUCGAGUUUGGUGAACUGUUAAAGAAAUUAUGGUCAUCGGGAAGGAAUGCAGUUGCACCCCGCUCUUUUAAGACAAAACUGGCUAGAUUUGCUCCACAAUUUAGUGGCUACAAUCAACAUGAUUCUCAGGAGCUACUUGCUUUCUUAUUAGAUGGCCUGCAUGAAGAUUUGAAUAAGGUGAAACAAAAACCUUACAUUGAACUUAAGGAUUCUGACAGUCGUCCGGACGAUGAAGUUGCGGAAGAGCGUUGGAACUAUCAUAAGGCCCGGAAUGAUUCUGUAAUAGUUAACGUCUGCCAAGGUCAAUACAAGUCAACUCUGGUUUGCCCAGUUUGUGGAAAAAUAUCAAUCACUUUUGACCCCUUUAUGUACUUGUCUUUACCUCUACCAUCAACCUUCACACGGCAAAUGACAGUUACAGUGUUUUAUUGCGAUGGUAGUCGUCUUCCGAUGCCAUACACUGUAACAGUACCUAAACAUGGAUCAUGUAGAGAUCUUAUUACUGCAUUAGGCACUGCUUGUUGCUUAACCUAUGAUGAGAGCCUUUUACUUGCAGAGGUAUAUGACCACAAGAUCUUUAGAUAUUUUGAAAAUCCCGUGGAGUCACUGAGUUUGAUAAAAGAUGAUGAUCGUAUUGUGGCGUAUCGGUUGAAUAAGAUGCAGAAAGGAACAGGAAAAGCAAAACUUGAAAUCCUUCAUGGAGGGCCGGAAAGGGCUGUUCUAGAGAGUGUUAGAGACACAGAAAUUAAGCGUUUUGGGACUCCUUUUGUCACUUAUGUCAACACAGAACUACUAAGUGGAUCCGACAUUGAUGCAGUGAUCUCUGGAUUUCUGUCCCCGCUACACAAGGUUCAAGCCUCAUCUAAGAUUCAAAACGGAAGAGAAAAUGGCCACCUCCUCAACGCUGCUGUUGACCAAACAUCCGGAACUAUAUCAGAUAGAGAUACUGAGAUAGCCGAUGCAUCUGAUAGAGAGUUAACCUUCAGGCUCUUUUUGACCGAUGAGCUUGGUCUGGACUUAGAACCACUUCAGUCUGAUUCUUCUGUGAACCCUGGUGUAGUUACAAGGGUUUUAGUCGAGUGGAAUGAGGGCGAGCAUAAAAAGUAUGAUUCCAGCUACUUAAGUGACCUUCCAGAAGUUUAUAAAACAAGUUUCUCAGCAAAGAAGACAAGGCAAGAAGCGAUAUCUCUGUUUUCUUGUUUGGAGGCAUUUUUAGCAGAAGAACCUCUAGGACCAGAUGACAUGUGGUUUUGUCCGGGAUGCAAAGAGCACAGACAAGCUAACAAAAAGCUUGACCUGUGGAAGCUGCCAGAUAUUCUCGUGUUCCAUUUAAAGCGGUUCACGUAUAGCAGAUAUCUCAAGAACAAGAUAGAUACGUUUGUGAACUUUCCAAUUAACGAUCUAGACUUGAGCAAGUACGUGAAAAGCAAGAAUGGCCAGUCAUACUUAUAUGAGCUGUAUGCAGUCAGCAACCAUUACGGUGGACUUGGUGGUGGCCACUAUACUGCCUACGCUAAGUUGAUUGAUGACAACAAAUGGUAUCAUUUCGACGACAGUCAUGUUUCAUCCGUAAAUGAAUCUGAAAUAAAAAGCUCAGCAGCAUAUGUUCUGUUCUACCGAAGAGUUGGAAGUGAAACAGAGACGCAACCAGGUGAGAUGUUGACCGAUAUGGAUUAGUCAAGCGUCAACUCUCAUAAUGGGAAGGCACAUCACGAAGUUGCUGCAUUGAUUCAAAGAUGCAUUGGUCUAACUCACUUUAUUCUUUUCUUUUCUUUUGGUCAAAGGUCUAUCUCACUUUAUUCUUUUUUAAUACAAGCUGGUUGUUUGGUUGAGGAGUUCUAUCUUCAGAUUUUCUGCUCUGUGGAGCGGUCGGAUUUAGGUUCGGAAAGAUUGUUUUUGAUUAGGAAAUUUUCUAAGUGAAGGGGAAUUUUUUGGACAGUGAAUCAAGCGAUGGACAGAUUUAGAGGUGUAGAGAGAUAGUUUGGUGAAGCAACCUUUGUUAAUCUCAUAUAUAUUAAAAGAAAAACAUUAUAAUAUUUGAUAUAGUUAUGUGUUGUCACCAAAUUGAUUCUUCGAAUCCAUAAAGAAAUAGG